AAGAUACCAAGGUGGCGGGCCUCGUUGGAGGCUGCGGCGCGGGCUGACUUUUCCCCCUCCCCGGUUCCCCGACGCCCUGCCCUAGAUUUUCAGCGUAAAGACUUCGAGUCCUCCCUCCUUUGCUUCUCGUAGGAGUCGCAAUCUCAGCGGCAACAACCCAGAGGAGGCGGCGGUUCCCACACCGGUAUCUUCAGCACCAGUACCCGGUUCACCAGGCGCGGGGAUGUCUGUGGUUGGCAUUGACCUCGGCUUUCUCAAUUGCUACAUCGCCGUAGCAAGGAGUGGCGGAAUCGAGACUAUCGCCAAUGAGUACAGCGACAGAUGUACACCGGCCUGUAUUUCUUUGGGAUCCAGAACUCGAGCCAUUGGAAAUGCAGCCAAGAGCCAGAUUGUCACAAAUGUAAGAAAUACAAUUCAUGGAUUCAAAAAGCUUCAUGGGCGAUCAUUUGAUGAUCCCAUUGUGCAAACCGAAAGGGUCAGGCUUCCAUAUGAACUACAGAAAAUGCCUAAUGGAAGUGCAGGAGUUAAGGUGCGAUACCUAGAGGAAGAGAGACCUUUUGCAAUUGAGCAAGUGACUGGAAUGCUGUUGGCCAAACUUAAAGAGACUUCAGAAAAUGCUUUGAAAAAACCAGUGGCUGACUGUGUGAUUUCAGUUCCUAGCUUUUUCACUGAUGCUGAGAGAAGAUCUGUGAUGGCUGCAGCGCAGGUUGCAGGCUUAAAUUGUUUAAGGCUAAUGAAUGAAACUACUGCAGUUGCACUCGCGUAUGGGAUUUACAAACAAGAUCUUCCCCCUUUAGAUGAAAAACCAAGAAAUGUAGUAUUUAUUGAUAUGGGACAUUCUGCCUACCAGGUCUCAGUCUGUGCUUUUAACAAAGGAAAACUUAAGGUCUUGGCUACUACCUUCGAUCCAUAUUUGGGUGGCAGAAACUUUGAUGAGGCUUUAGUAGACUACUUCUGUGAUGAGUUCAAGACCAAAUAUAAGAUAAACGUGAAAGAAAAUUCUCGGGCAUUGUUGCGCUUAUAUCAGGAAUGUGAGAAACUAAAGAAGCUAAUGAGUGCAAAUGCAUCAGAUCUUCCAUUGAACAUUGAGUGUUUCAUGAAUGACCUUGAUGUUUCUAGUAAAAUGAACAGGGCUCACUUUGAACAGUUAUGUGCUUCCCUCUUGGUCAGAGUUGAACCACCUUUAAAAGCAGUAAUGGAGCAAGCUAAUUUACAACGUGAAGAUAUAAGUAGUAUAGAAAUUGUAGGAGGAGCAACACGAAUUCCUGCAGUAAAGGAACAAAUCACUAAAUUUUUUCUUAAAGACAUAAGUACCACAUUAAAUGCAGACGAAGCUGUUGCAAGAGGAUGUGCAUUACAGUGUGCGAUUCUGUCACCAGCAUUUAAAGUGCGUGAAUUUUCCAUAACAGACCUUGUCCCUUAUUCAAUCACAUUAAGGUGGAAGACCUCUUUUGAAGAUGGAACUGGGGACUGUGAAGUAUUCUGUAAGAACCAUCCUGCCCCAUUCUCAAAAGUUAUUACUUUCCACAAGAAGGAGCCAUUUGAACUAGAAGCAUUUUAUACUAAUUCACAUGAAGUGCCUUAUCCUGAUCCAAGAAUUGGGAGCUUCACUAUUCAGAAUGUUUUUCCACAGUCUGAUGGUGAUAGUUCCAAAGUGAAGGUAAAAGUUCGUGUUAACAUCCACGGAAUCUUCAGUGUGGCUAGUGCUUCAGUAAUUGAAAAGCAAAAUUUGGAAGCAGAUCACAGUGACGCUACCAUGGAGACAGAAACUUCAUUUAAGAAUGAAUGCAAAGAUGAUAUGGAUAAAAUGCAGGUUGACCAAGAGGAAGGAGGUCAUCCAAAAUGUCAUGCUGAACACACUCCAGAAGAAGAAAUUGAUCAUACAGGUGCCAAAACAAAGUCAGCUUCCUCAGACAGACAAGAGAGAUUAAACCAGACCAUUAAAAAAGGAAAAGUCAAGAGCAUUGAUCUACCUAUCCAGAGUAGCCUAUAUAGACAGUUGGGCCAAGAUCUUCUCAAUAGCUAUAUUGAAAAUGAGGGGAAGAUGAUAAUGCAAGAUAAGUUAGAGAAAGAAAGAAAUGAUGCUAAGAAUGCUGUUGAAGAAUAUGUAUAUGAUUUUAGAGAUAAGCUGGGCACUGUCUAUGAAAAAUUUAUCACUCCAGAAGACUUGAAUAAACUAUCUGCAAUACUGGAAGACACAGAAAAUUGGCUUUAUGAAGAAGGAGAGGACCAACCUAAACAAGUUUAUGUGGAUAAGUUUCAAGAACUAAAGAAAUAUGGCCAACCUAUUCAAAUGAGGUACAUGGAACAUGAAGAGAGACCAAAAGCUUUAAAUGACUUGGGAAAAAAGAUCCAGCUUGUCAUGAAAGUGAUAGAAGCAUACAGAAAUAAGGAUGAAAGAUAUGAUCAUUUGGAUCCUGCUGAAAUGGAAAAAGUUGAAAAAUACAUCAGUGAAGCCAUGAAUUGGCUAAACAGUAAGAUGAAUGCUCAGAACAAACUAAGUCUCACUCAAGAUCCUGUUGUAAAAGUUUCAGAAAUAGUUGCAAAGUCAAAGGAACUGGAUACUUUCUGUAAUCCUAUCAUUUACAAGCCCGAACCAAAAGUAGAGGUUGCUGAAGACAAAGGAAAAGCUAAUAGUGAACACAAUGGACCAAUGGAUGGACAGAGUGGGACUGAAACUAAACCAGAUACAACGAAAGACAACUCCCAGCAUACUAAAUCUUCUGGAGAGAUGGAAGUAGACUAAGUC